AUGUUCGUUGCAAUUCUGGAUCAGCCGGCGACGGUUUCGCUGCAACAGCAGGCAUGGCAGGACUUGCAGAAGAGCAUGGAGAAGACCAAAAUUCCUGAGUGGAGCAAGGUCUACGACUCUGCAGUGGCCGCUUUCGAGGAGCACAUUCCGCUACAGCCGGGCUGGUCGCCAUCCUGGUCCCGAGCCGGACUUCGCUUCUUUCAAUUCAAAGAGGGACGCGACAUCCAGACGAACUGGGCCUGGCCCUUAGGGCUGCACGAGAACGCCCACUGGAGCGCCCCGGCGGCGCCAACGACGCCGCCCAAUGCCAAGCCCGACCCCGGGGAGCAAAACGACGGAAGCCAGGAGGUUGGAUUCAUGACCCCACCACAGCACGUGCCAACAACCCCGAGCAGCAGCGAGAGGCGACUGCUGGCUGGUGCGAAGGAGUCGCCUUCGCCGCCAGCCCCGGCGAAGCCCGGUGGCUUCAGGAUGUGCCAGGUUAUUCAAGGCUUGGGCUGUGCAGGGGUUUCUGCCAAGGUCUGUUUCCAGCAAGCCCAUCCCCGCCGCUAUGCUCAUGGAGACACCCCGGGUGGGUACCGUGCCGCAGACGCCGCAGCCGCAGCAGACAGGUCUUGUGCCGCAGACACCGCGACCGGAUCCUUUGCCGGAGCGGUCCUUGCAGAUGAAAGCAGGACCGGAAGGUCGAAAGCUUGCACUCCAGACGCAACGUCCUGCGGAGCCUGCCGGUGA